AUGGUCAUUUCAAAAGAUGUGCAUCUUCCUUCGGAAAGUGAUCUGACGGUGGAUCAGGAAAUAACGCUAUCGACACCUUGGCUGAAGGCGGUGGCGCCGUACAUGGCUAAGCAUUGCGAAAAAGAAGCCAAUGUGAGUUUUUUCCUAGUUUUUUAAAUUUAUUGAUAUUGCUAAAAAUUUUCUUUGAAAUGAUGGUAUAUAACAAUAUAUAAAUAAGUUAGAGAUGACGCUUUCAGAAACUCUUGUUGACAUAGUUCACCGUAACUAAAUACUGAAAAAUGAUUAGUUGUUGUGUUUCAUCUCUUUAACGAAUCCAUGAGAGUAUUUUUAGAAGUUGCAAAAAUAAUAUUCUAUUGUUGCUGAGAAAUGCUAACUUGUUAUGUUUCAUCUCUUUUAUGUCGUAAUUUUGUUUGCAACUUUCAUAACUUUAGCUUUUGUUCAAGAUUUAUCAACUCUUCAAAGGAGGAAACACCAUCAAAAAAAACUUUUCGUCUGGUCAAUCUGAUAUAUUUUCAUACUCUCAUUGUCACCGACCUCCUUUUGAAAAAUAAAAAUAUUAUCUAAAAACUGUUUUUAGAAUUUCCGAUAGUUUUCCGACGCUAAGUGAGUAUAUGAUUCUUAUCUUAUCUGCGUGUUUUUUUCUCUGUCAAAAUAAGCUCACUUCAAAUAUUUAUUCGGUUAGGGGUGGUUCUGCUGAGACCUUUUUCCUUGGUUUAGGAGUUCAUGCUGCGCCGCAAAGAGCUGGAAGACCCUAGGGCGACUUUGAAAGAAGGAGCCGCUCUGACCAACUGCGGCGUCAAGUUUUUGCAGUCGUUGAAGCGCUCUUGCUUGGCUGAGACGGAGCGAUUGGCCAAUUGUGUCGACCAGAGCAGCGCCAAGCUCUACCUCAGCAAGUAGGAUUCGUUUUUUUUUUCCAGCUUUUUUUUUCUCAGUGUGUAUGAGUAUAAUGGGAAAAAUUUCGAUUUCAUGAAAUAUUAAUAUUAUUCAAAAUCAUUCUAGAUCAGUUUAAAAGCUAAUUUAUUUAUUCAUGGGUCAAGAAGUUAGUUCAUCAUCUGAAAAUCUUCAGUUCGAAGUUCGAAGAUGAUGACGGAAUACUUUUUUCAGACCAUUAGGAGAAAAUAUUUUACUUUUUUUUAAGAGAAAAUAUUUCAUUUUUUCGAAUAAAGUAUGAAAAAGAUGAGUGUUAGAAUUUAAUUUUUAAAAGGGCUCCUAUCUUCAUUCUCUUCAUAAAAUGCUGUGAAAUAGGGUAGAAAACAAAAUUUAUAAAGUUGCUUAUUUAUUUUUUUUAGAUAUUGAUUUGAAAAAAAUAUUCAAGAAACAGUAUGAGAUUCCCAGGAGAAGCGUUUCAUAAAGUUUUUUUGUUGAAUGUUUGGAAAAUAUUGAAUAUCAAGGACACGUUCGGAAACCUCGAAAGAAAGAUAUGAAGGAAACAGUUUUUUUUGAAACUCAGAACUGUAGUUCUAGAAUCUUAUGAUCGCGUUUUGGUCAAACAUGGCUUGCUCGGUCAAAAGGAAACUUUUUUUUUUGAACUUUUCUUACGUUUUCAUGCAUGCUUCGUUUCUCAGUGGAGCAUGACAAUCAAAAUAUCGCCUUGAAUCUGUGUGUUUCAGAUGCCACGAUGACCAGAAACAGCUGGAUGCUUGUGUUGAGACGAACCUCCACGUGACGAGACCCAAACUGGGAUAUUUCAGUUUGCCGCAUGUUCAUAACAGUGCAGCACCACCUCCACGUGAUUGAAAUACGAUUUAUCCAGUGAUAAUUUCGUUUUUCAGCCUUGCCGAUCCGCGAUUACAAAGCGGAAGCCGCAAAGGUGCUCGCCGAGCUGCCUGAUGAUUACCAUUUGCGCAAAGACUACCGCAAGUACAACGACUGGAGAUACAACUUUGCCGAGAGCUAA